AUGUCGGGAGAUAAUAAAUAUACGCCGGGUGUGGAAACUACCAAAUCCAAACGGAGUCUGGUUAUUAUUCUAGGCAUUCUACUCGGCGUGGUCUCCAUUUUGGCCUUAGUCUUCCUCGGAACAACUCUUUAUUAUCUUUUAAAGUAUCGAACUCUCUCCGACGCUAAUCUUGACGGGCACGAAGACAAUCCCUUGGAUUCAACAGGAACUAAAGGUGCUCUCGUAACACGAGUGAAGGAUGUUCGAUUGCCUUAUACAGUGAUUCCACUCCACUAUGACUUGCGUUUGCAAGCUUUUAUUGACGGUGUGGACGUGAAAAAUUUCAAGUUCACUGGUUCAGUGCGAGUGCGCCUGCUGUGCCGCGAAGCCACUGACGUCUUCUUUGUCCACGCUCACAACGAUCUCAAUGUUAAUCAAAGUCUCAUUAGGCUGGUUAGCGAGAAUGGUAUGGAGGAUUUAAUAAAACAAAAGGAAUACGACAAGGCGAGGCAGUGGUUUAAAAUAACCACCACAGAGAGACUGCAACCCACGAAAAUCUACUACCUCUCCUUCGAUGAGUUUGGUGCGCCUUUGACCAUAAGUCUACGGGGCUGGUACCUCAGUACGUAUGAGGAGAACAAGGUCACAAAAUACAUGGCUACAAGUCAGUUGCAACCGACUGAAGCUCGAAGAGUAUUUCCCUGUUGGGAUGAACCGGCAUUCAAAUCAGUCUUUGAAAUAAAGUUGGUUCGUAAGGAGAACUUUCAUUCACUCUCUAAUAUGCCCUUGGUGCGUUCGCAAUACCUCAGUGACGGCUGGGUUGAGGACAGUUUCAAGCCCACUCUGAACACAUCCACCUAUCUCCUAGCCUUUGUGGUCUCCCAAGUAACCAGUAUAUCUGGCCUCGAUGCCAAGGGCAGAAAUUUCACUGUUUGGGCUCGCCCUGAUCUAAUCUCCGCCGCCCAAUUUGCUCUUGAGUUGGGCAGAAAGAUCAUCAGCUUCUUCGAGGACUACUUUGAACUCGACUAUCCUCUUGAAAAAACCGAUAUGUUGGCUGUUCCACACUUCGCGGCAGGAGCAAUGGAGAACUGGGGCUUACUGAUAUUUCGAGAGGCAACUCUCAUUUGGGACCCUAUUUCUGGCAUUGAGAAUGCCAAACAGAAAGUGGCUAGCGUCAUAUCCCACGAAAUCGCCCAUCAGUGGUUUGGUAACCUGGUAACCCUCGACUGGUGGGAUGAUCUUUGGUUGAAUGAAGGCUUCGCAACUUUUGUGGAAUGUAUUGGCGUCGCCCAUGCUGAGCCUUCCUGGAAUAUGGACGAGGCAUUCGCUGUACAACACGUGCAGAAGGUCUUGUAUGUCGACUCGAUGUCUACAACGCGUCCCGUCUUCCUUCCUGUCUCCCAUCCAGAUGAAAUCAACGAAAGUUUUGAUACCAUCUCAUACAGCAAAGGGGCUGCAGUUCUCCGAAUGAUGGAAGCCUUCAUCACUCCAGAAAUAUUCCGCCAGGGUCUAAAAAUUUAUCUGAGCAAACACAAAUUCCGCAAUACCAAACCCAUAGAUCUCUGGAGCUCUAUUGAGGAGGCGAAUAAGGUGUCAAACAAUUACAUAGAUGUGGAGGCCGUCAUGAAUAAUUGGAUUAAACAAGCCGGGUACCCAAUUGUUACUGUCAAACGGCUCGGUGGCAAUCAAUUUGAACUCACUCAGCAGAGAUUCGUUGUCGGCUCUGGUCGGAAUGACUCCGUCCCCAAAUUCAACAAGUUGCGAACAUUUUCCUCUCUCUCUCUCAUAUUCGUUAGUAAGAGCCUUCGACUUCCCAUCAACGUUGGUGAUGGCGAGUGGUAUGCAAUUAAUCUGCGCCAGACUGGAUUCUACCGCGUCAACUAUGAUGAAGAGAAUUGGCGAAUCCUGACGGAAACUCUCAUCAAUAAUCAUCAGGAAAUACCACGAUUGAUGCGCGCCCAAUUGAUUGAUGACAGUUUCCGCAUUAGCAAGUAA